AUGCUUGUUGCUAACAAAGUAGAUACACCUCGGGUGGUGUCAACGGAUGAGGGUCGUCAACUGGCAUCUCAGCUGGGCGCUCUUUUCGUAGAGACAUCUGCGAAGACUUCAUUAAAUGUAGAGAAGGCUUUUCUUGAACUCGUUACGCAGGGUUUGUAUGUGGAUAUAGAUUCUAAUGACGCCCUCUCUGCUGACGAAUACGAGACCAAUCAGCAGCAGCUCGAGAGUAUUAUUAUCAGACAGCGACGACUCUGCACAAACGCAAAGCCGCUCUUGCUCCUGUUAAUGCUGCAGCAGCAGCAGCAGCAGCAGCAGCAGCAGCAAUAG